GGGAGCUGCAGGGGCCCUGGGGAAAGCCACAGUGGCCGCGGGACUCGGCAGCAUGGGGCUUGAGGGACAGGAGACAGCCCGCCAGCCACAAGAGACCCUGCCGCCCACAGCCAACGGCAGCGGUCCCAGCCAGGAGUUUGAGGGCCGCUGGCCAGAGAUCCCGGAGAUGUCCCCGUGUGUGGCUGGCGUCAUUCCUGUCAUCUACUACAGUGUCCUGCUGGGCCUGGGGCUGCCUGUCAACCUCCUGACCACGGCAGCCCUGACCCGCCUCGCCGCCAGGACCAGGAAGCCCUCCUACUACUAUCUCUUGGCACUCACGGCCUCCGACAUUGUCACCCAGGUGGUCAUCGUGUUCGCGGGCUUCCUCCUGCAGGGAGCCGUGCUGGCCCGCCAGGUGCCCCCGGCCGUGGCCCGCACGGCCAACAUCCUGGAGUUUGCCGCCAACCACGCCUCGGUCUGGAUGGCCAUCCUGCUCACGGUCGACCGCUACAGCGCCCUGUGCCGUCCCUUGCAGCACAGGGCUGCCUCGUCCCCGGGCCGCACCCGCCGGGCCAUUGCCGCCGUCUUCAGCGCUGCCCUGCUGAUGGGGCUCCCCUUCUACUGGUGGCUGGAUGUGUGGAGGGACGCUGACCCCCCCAGCACACUGGACGAGGUCCUCAAGUGGGCUCACUGCCUCACCAUCUAUUUCAUCCCCUGUGCUGUGUUCCUGGUCACCAACCUGGCCAUCAUCCACCAGCUUCGGAGGAGAGGCCAGAGCAGCCCGCAGCCCCGCGUGGCCAAGAGCACCGCCAUCCUUCUGGGCAUUACCACACUCUUUGCCCUCCUGUGGGCACCCCGCAUCUUUGUCAUGCUCUAUCACCUGUACGUGGCCCCCGUGCACCGGGACUGGAGGGUCCACCUGGCCUUGGACGUGGCCAACAUGGCGGCCAUGCUCAACACAGCGGUCAACUUUGGUCUCUACUGCUUCGUCAGCAAGACUUUCCGGGCCACCGUCUGGCAGGUCAUCCACGAUGCCCGCCUGCCCUGCACCCUAGGGUCAUGCCAGAGGGCAUGGCAGCAGAGCCUAUGCUGAAGCCUCUAGGAUUCCUCAAAGGGACAGGACUGUGGCGGGGCAGGGGUGGAGCCCAGACAGG